GUUUUGUUUACAAAUGUUCUCGUUUGUUGAUGUUUUCGUUGCAGACCUGUAUUUCGAUAUGUUAUGCGUAUUACUGCCAUGAAAAUGAUAGCAGUAGGGGGAUUUCAUAGAGCUAAAUUAAUUAAAAAAGUUAGGUUAAAAAUCUACCAACCAUUAUUUAGAUUGUUUUGUACUAAUUUAAAUUCUUUGAAAGCGUAUAAAGUUUUAUUUUACGGUACUGAUGCACUAUCUGAAGUAACUUUGAAUGCUUUAAACAAUAACAGAUUGUCACCAAGUCCUUCAAAAGUUGUGAAAAGCUUAGAUAUUGUUUGUAUCAAGACAGAUUGCAGAGUAAGAAGAUAUGCAGAGUUGCAUAAUUUAACUGUACAUACAUGGCCAUAUGAUGUUCCAGUGGGUGUUUAUGAUGUUGGGAUUGUUGUAUCAUUUGGACAUCUGAUUCCAAGUGAAAGUAUUCUUGCUUGCAAAUAUGGAAUCAUCAAUGCUCAUCCUAGUUUGUUACCACGCUGGAGAGGUGCAGCUCCAAUUUUUCAUACAAUUCUCAAUGGUGAUGCAGAAACUGGAGUCACCAUUACUGAAGUAUCAGCCAAGAAGUUUGAUAUUGGAAAGAUAAUAAUGCAGGAAAAAUUUGAUGUACCUGAAGAAUGUUCAUCAAAACUUCUAACUGAUGAACUUAGCAAAAUAGCUGCAAAACUAGUCUUGAAAACUUUGGAAAAUUUGCCACAUUAUUUAGAAUUAAGUUACCCUCAGCCAUCGGAAGGUGUCACUUAUGCUCGCAAAAUAAAACCUGAACUUGGCUGCAUAAACUGGGAACAUCCUGUAUUGAGUAUCUAUAGAAAAUUUAAAGCAUUUGAUGGAUUUUUUGAGGUUUUUACAUUCUGGAAGUCCAUGAAAGUUGUUGUUAUUGAAAUCACUAGCAUGAAUGAUGUUGUUGAGGCAAAUGUGUCCAAAUUAGUCUGUGAUCCUGUUUCUCCAGGAUUUUGUCAUUUCCAUAAAAAAAGAAAAGUUCUGUUUGUUAAAUGUCAGGAUGGAUGGUUUGGAAUAACAGUUGUGAAAAUACCAAAAAGAGGCAAAAUCACAGCUCUUGAUUUUUACAAUGGCUUUAUGAGCAAGGAAAUUCCGAAAAAUUGUUACUUCUUUCUGAAUAAAAAUCCUUCUUGACUUUGUACCA